GCAAGCGCAGCCCGGCAAUCAUUCGCUCCUCUGCCGCCUCCUCGGCUGGAUGGUAGCGGGUUAAGGGCUUCGCAUCCUCCACUCGCCUCGUCUCGCAGAGGGAGCCGUCCUCGUUCGGAACCCCCCCGAAUUCUGCACGUCUCGCGCGCGCGCACGCACGCACGCGCACACAGGGACCAUGGCCUCGGGAAAUUUCGCCGCUCUCUCCCUGACAUGGAUUUUCGCCGGAUUUCUUGGGAUUUGCACCGCCGUGGCUUCAAACGAAGUAAACAUCCUCGACUCGAAGACCGCGCAGGAGGAACUUGGCUGGAUUGCCUCGCCGCCUGAAGGGUGGGAAGAAAUAAGCGGGUACGAUGAGUUCUACACGCCCAUUCGGACGUACCAAGUCUGCCACGUGAUGAAGCCCAACCAGAACAACUGGCUGCGGACUAACUGGAUCACGCGCGGCGGCGCCCAGCGCGUCUUCCUCGAGCUCAAGUUCACGCUGCGCGACUGCAACAGCAUCCCGGGCAUACCGGGCACGUGCAAGGAGACCUUCAACGUCUACUACCACGAGUCGGACAGCGAGCGCGUGUCCGGCAUCCACGAGAGCCAGUACGUGAAGGUGGACACCAUCGCGGCCGACGAGAGCUUCACCGAGAUCGACCUGGGCGGCCGCAUCAUGAAGCUGAACACGGAGGUGCGCGACGUGGGCCCCCUCGCCAAGAAGGGCUUCCACCUGGCCUUCCAGGACGUGGGCGCGUGCAUCGCGCUCGUCUCCGUGCGCGUCUACUACAAGCGCUGCCCGCGCACCGUGCGCGGCCUGGCCGUCUUCCCCGACACGGUGACGGGCGCCGACUCGUCCUCGCUCGUCGAGGUGCGCGGGGCGUGCGUCGACAACUCGGUCGAGAAGGAGGCGCCGCGCAUGUUCUGCAGCGUCGACGGCGAGUGGCUCGUGCCCAUCGGGAGGUGCGUCUGCGGCCCCGGCUACGAGCAGGCGGAGGAGGGGUGCCAAGCUUGCGAGCGGGGCUUCUACAAGGAGUUUGCCGGAGACAAUUCCUGCUCCAAGUGUCCUCCGCACAGCUCCGCCCGUGCCCGGGGAGCCGCGUCGUGCAGCUGCGAGGACGGAUACUUCCGGCCAAAAACCGACCCCCAGUCUGUGGCCUGCGCAAGACCCCCGUCCGCCCCGGGGAACGUCAUCUCGAACGUGAACGAGACGUCGGUGACGCUGGAGUGGAGCCCGCCGGGCGAGACGGGCGGCCGCCGCGACGUCAGCUACUCCAUCGUGUGCCGCCGGUGCCCCUCGGAGUCGGCGGGCGUCUGCGCGCCGUGCGGCACCGCCGUGAGGUUCCUGCCGCGGCAGGCGCGGCUGCUGAACACGUCGGUGGUGGUGCGCGACCUGCUGGCGCACACCAACUACACCUUCGAGGUGCACGGCAACAACGGAGUGUCGGAGCUGAGCGGAGUCCCAUCGCGGUUCGCCGCCGUCAACGUCACCACCAACCAGGCCGCACCAUCGCCCAUCACAGACGUCCAGAAGGGUCUCAUCUCGGAAGAUGCAAUCAUUUUAAACUGGGCCGAACCCAAGCAGCCUAAUGGAAUCAUUCUGGACUACGAGGUCAAAUACUAUGAGAAGGACCAGAAGGAGAGUAAGUACACGACGCUGCGCUCCAACGUCACGAGCACCACCAUCACGGGGCUCAAGCCGGCCGUGGUGUACGCGCUGCAGAUCCGCGCACGUACCGCCGCCGGCUACGGAGACUACAGCCCCGCCGUCGAGUUCAAGACGUCCCCCGACUACGUCGCCUCUCCGAGCGAACAGAAGCAGGACACCCUCAUCUGGGCAUUUGUGUUUGCCGUCAUAGUCGUGCUCCUACUCAUCACCGCUUUUUUCAUCAUCAAAAGGAGGAGGUGCGGUUACAGCAAAGCGAAGCAGGAUUACGAUGAGGAGAAAACACGCUUCCAUAGCGGCCACGUGAAACUGCCGGGCUUGAAGAUGUACAUAGACCCGCACACGUACGAGGACCCCAAUCAGGCGGUGCACGAGUUUGCGAAGGAAAUUGAUGCCUCGUGCGUCAAAAUCGAACGAGUUAUCGGAGCGGGCGAGUUUGGGGAGGUGUGCAGCGGCUACCUGAAGCACCCGGGCAAGAAGGAGGUGUGCGUGGCCAUCAAGACGCUGAAGGCCGGCUACACGGAGCAGCAGCGCAGAGACUUCCUGUGCGAGGCCAGCAUCAUGGGCCAGUUCGACCACCCCAACAUCAUCAGGCUGGAGGGGGUCAUCACCAAGAGUAAACCUGUCAUGAUCAUCACUGAAUUCAUGGAGAAUGGAUCCUUGGAUUUAUUCUUAAGGAAGAACGACGGCCAGUUCACGGUGAUCCAGCUGGUGGGGAUGCUGCGCGGGAUCGCGGCCGGCAUGAAGUACCUGUCCGACAUGAACUACGUGCACCGCGACCUGGCCGCUCGCAACAUCCUGGUCAACAGCAACCUGGUGUGCAAGGUGUCCGACUUCGGGCUGUCGCGGGUGCUGGAGGACGACCCCGAGGCCGCAUACACCACCCGGGGAGGGAAAAUCCCCAUCCGCUGGACGGCCCCGGAGGCGAUCGCCUACCGCAAGUUCACGUCUGCGAGCGACGUGUGGAGCUACGGCAUCGUCAUGUGGGAGGUGAUGUCCUACGGCGAGCGGCCCUACUGGGACAUGAGCAACCAGGACGUGAUCAAGGCGAUCGAGGAGGGCUACCGGCUGCCGGCGCCCAUGGACUGCCCCCUGCCGCUCCACCAGCUCAUGCUCGACUGCUGGCAGAAGGAGCGCUCCGACCGGCCCAAGUUCGGCCAGAUCGUCGGCAUUCUCGACAAGAUGAUUCGCAACCCCAACGUCCUCAAGACGUCCGCGUCUGGAGAGGUCACGACCAGGUCUUCCAACUCCCUGCUGGACCAGAGCAUCCCAGACUUUGGUUCAUUCCGCUCGGUGGAGGAGUGGCUUGAUGCCAUCAAGAUGGGUCGCUACAAGGACAACUUUGCCUCUGCAGGGUACACGUCCCUUGAGCAAAUGGUCCAACUGGACUCCGAUGACAUCGUGAGAAUAGGCAUCACGCUCAUCGGGCACCAGAAGAAGAUCCUGAGCAGCGUUCAGAGCAUGAAGGCGGACCUCGUGCAAUUGCACAACCAGGGAGUGCACGUGUGAGAUUGACCCAGCUGCCUAAACACAAGGCCCUCCCCGUCCACCGCGCGCUAUUUUGAGACGGCCAAAACUUUUUUUGUUGUUGCUGUUUCAUUUGUUUGGGUCAUCCGGGAACGGUGAAGGAGCUCGGCGCGGAGAGGGGAGCUGUGGAUUUGUGUGGGUGUUUGGGGGGGGGGGGUCCAUGGGGGGUGGAGGCGGGAGGCACAGUGAGAGAGCGAGAGAAGGGGCAGGACAGAAAGACCGUUGCUUGCAGGUUUGUACGACGUGCGUGCAUGUGUGUGCAUCUUUGAUAUACGUACGCGUAGAGCGGUAGUGCAAUGGUUAGUACACUGCGCUACAAUGCUGGGCGACCAGGGUUUUAUUCAGUCAUGGAUGACAGCAAUGGUACACGCUACAUGAAAUGGCCAUGGCCCUUCGCUAGGUUGAGACAACCUUAAUUGAGUACUUGCUGCAGUGCAUAAACAUCGACACUGGGGAGACAAAGGCAGCCAGGAAUGGCUCCUUGCUACACCGCCCCUUUGUAUGCCAUGCCGAGCUAUAGUGUGUGCUCGCUAAUAGCACUUGCUUCUACAGCCUGUAAGGCGAAAUGGAGGCUAUUUUUGUCUUUGUAUGCGCGUGCGUAUAUACGUAUAUACAUAUAUACGAUGUGUGUGAGUGUGUGUGUUGGGAGCGGUAGUGUAGCGGUUAGCAUGCUACGCUACGAAUCCGGGGACCUGAGUUUGAUUCACGACAAACACCCAGUGACGAUUAUCUGAACCGGUCCUGGGCUUUGCCCAGCUCGACUCAGCCUCAGAUGAGUAUCUGGUGCGGUGUGUAAACAUCGCCACUGGGGAGACAAAGGCGGCCAGGCGUGGUGCUGGCCACCCACCCCCUCGUGUGUCGUGGUGGCCUUCAUAGGUGCUAGCGAACAUCACUUGCCCCAACAGUCUGUUAAGGCGAUAGUGGAGGGGGGGGGGUCUUUGUCUUGUACUGUAAAUACACGUGGUGAGAGAUGUGGAUGUGUGGUCAGGUUACAUACAGAGAGAAAAACUAUAUACAGAAAGGGAGAACGUGCGUGCCUCUCCGAGCCCUGGAUUCAUGAAGUCCAGAGCACUCCGCCUCCCGACAACACAAAACAAAUCCCGUCCGGCCACAAACACAUCCUCCUCCUCCGCCGCUUCCUUGAUGCGACCAGAAAUUCGGUUUAAAACAUCGGCCUGCGUGCUUCGAAUGGCUACACCCAGACCCGUAAAUAAUAACAAAGCGGAAUCAAACAGAGUUGCCGUCGAGUUGAAUGGGAAGUCAAAUUUGCCGCCGCGAGCCCAAGCUUUAUAAAACAAAAAGAAAAUCUAUACACGGUUUCAAUUUCGUGUGUUAACAUCUUAACACCUGUUUUAUUGCCAGAAAGGGUACAACUUAUUCCUAUACUAUGGGGACCUCAUUUGCCAGUAAAAAUAUGAUAAUUGGUUCUUUACCCUUCUAUCUGGCAACAAAACUG